AAUGAUGAUUGGACUGUGGUGAAGUUUGUUGUCCAUUCUGUUGUCGAAUCCAUUCGUUUUUGAUUAUUCCGAAAGUUUUGAUUGAUUAACUGUGUUGAUUUUGUGUUUGAUUAAGCAAAGGAAAUUUUUAUCAAUCAAAAAAAACCGAUCAUCAUCAUUAUCUAGAAUGAUUUUAGUAAUAGUAGUAAAAAUCAUAAUACAAUUAUAUACAUGGAUAACAUUGCCGAUAUAUUUUUUGUUGCAACAACCAUGGAAAAAUCGUUACGGAAAUGACCGAAAACGUAUUCGUACCUAUCGAAAAUCAUCGACGAUCGAAAUGACUGAUAUUUAUGUACGUGAUGAUAAUGGUGAUUAUGAUUAUCCAAUAUUCGAGAAAUCAACAUUAACCGAAAUGUUUGAUGAUUUGAUUCGAAUUUAUCCACCCGAUCGACAUUGUCUUGGUUAUCGAAAAAUUCUUGGCGAACAAAUUAUCGAUACUAAUUCGAAUUGUAAAAAAUUGGAAAAAAAAUAUCGAUUAUCAUCAUAUAAAUGGCUUACCUAUCAAGAUGUUGAUCAAAUUUCUCGAAAUCUUUCCCAAGGUUUAUUAGCAAAAGGUUUAUUGAAAUCUGAUCGUUGUCUAAUAUUUGCUGAAACACGUAUCGAAUGGAUGAUUUGUUUUCGUGCUUUAUUACGUCUCGGUACACCUAUUGUAACAUGUUAUGCUAAUAUGGGUCACGAUGGUGUCAAACAUGGAAUUUUCGAAACCAAUGUUCAAAUGAUAAUAACCUCAUUAAAUUGUCUGCCAAUUCUUGAAAAUGUUCUCAAUUCAUUGCCAUCGACUAUGAAACAUUCUGUUAAACAUAUCAUCUAUAUGGAUGAUUAUCGUCAACCAAAAUCUCUGGGUAAUUUUCAAUCUGAAAUUGACAUUUCAUCAUUAAGUUCUGUUGGUGAAUUGGGUAAAAAAAUACGUGAAGAUGGCAAAGAAUUGCCAUAUCCAGAGCCACGAACAGAUGAUCCGUUGAUAAUAAUGUAUACAUCGGGUACAACCGGCCAACCUAAAGCAGCAUUAAUGACACAACGGCAAAUUAUUCAAUCGAUUCGUGCAUUAUUUACAAUCAUCCGAAAUGUUCGUGAUACCGGUGCCGAACAUACUUAUAUUGCAUUCCUACCAUUAGCGCAUAUUAUGGAAUUAACACUGGAAAUAUUUCUAUCAUUAUUCGGUGUACGAUUGGGUUAUUCAUCACCUCAAACAUUGAUGGACCGAGCACCUGGAUUAGCUUCGGGACAAAAAUCUGAUGUCUGUCUAUUGAAGCCAACCAUAAUGACAACUGUACCAUUAGUUUUGGAACGAAUUUUAAAACAAAUCGGGGAACACAUUCAAACCAAUUCCACCCCACUAUUUCAUCAAAUAUUUGAUUAUCUUAUCGAUUAUAAAGCUAAAUGGACCCGUCGAGGUUAUCAAUCUCCCCUAAUAACUCGGUUCAUUUCGAAAAAAAUUCAAGAAAAAUUUGGCGGUCGACUUCAACUAAUAUUAUGUGGUGGUGCUGCUCUAGAUCCAAUCGUCGAAUCAAAAAUACGUUCAGCAUUGAAUGUAAAAUUGUUAGCUGGUUAUGGUGCAACUGAAACAACUGGUGCUAUAUUUUGUCAAGAUUUUUUCGGUUUAGAUUAUGGAUUUGUCGGCGCACCAAUGGGUGAAAUAUAUCUGCAAUUACGUAAUUGGAAUGAUGGGGGAUAUACGGUACGAGAUCAACCAAAUCCGCGUGGUGAAAUCCUUGUCGGUGGUGAUAUAAUUUGUAUUGAAUAUUUUCAUAAUUCAUCAUUAACUUCGGAAGCAUUUUUUACUGACCCCAAAACGGGAAUUCGUUGGUUUCAAACAGGUGAUAUUGGUGAAUUAUAUCCAAAUGGCUUUUUGAAAAUUAUUGAUCGUCGUAAAGAUCUGAUAAAAUUACAAAAUGGGGAAUAUAUUUCAUUGGGCAAAAUUGAAGCUUCGCUCAAACGUAGCCGUUAUAUUGAAAAUAUUUGCGUUUACGGUCAUAUUAUGUCCGAUUAUUUGGUGGCAUUGAUUGUGCCGGAUAGAAAAUGGUUGAAAAAUUUAUCAGAUGAUUUGGCUAAAUCAAACAACAACAACAUACAAGAUUUAUGCAAUGAUAUCCAUAUCGAACGUUUGAUUUUCGAAGAUGUUCAACAAAUUGCAAAACAAUCUGGAUUAAGUCGUAAAGAAAUUCCUAAACGUAUCCGGUUAAUAUCGGAUGUUUGGUCCGUUGAAACCGGUAUCCUAACAUCGGCAAUGAAAAUGAAACGCAAUGUUAUUGAAAAACUAUAUAGACAACAAUUAUCGGAUUUAUAUUCAGAUUCUAAUAAUAAUUUAGGCUAAAUUGAAAAGUUACAAUGUUCAAUAUUUCAUCGUUUAAUUAAAUUUUUUUUUUAUUUCA